CCCAACAAGGAUGGCAGCUCCGGCUCAUGGUCAACGAUCUCCAAGUGCCUACAUAUACACGCUAAACCCAUCCGUACUCCUCCAUCUCUCCCAGCCCCGUCCAUCGAACCGCCGCAACCUUCUCCGACCGAGCAGCAGCUGCGAGUGCGAGUUCGAGCCCAAGUUCGACGGUCGAUCAAUGGCACGGUCGGAGCUGGUCAUGGCGUUGCUGGUGGCAGUCCUCGCCGCCGGCUGCUGCGCGUCGGCCGGCGCCGUGGCGUACCUCUCCAAGCUGCCCGUCACCCUCGACGUCACCGCAUCCCCCAGCGCCGGCCAAGUUCUCCACGCCGGCGAGGACGUGAUCACGGUGACGUGGGCCCUGAACGCGACCGGGCCGGCCGGCGACGACGCCGCCUACAAGAGCGUCAAGGUCAGCCUCUGCUACGCGCCGGCGAGCCAGAAGGAGCGCGAGUGGCGCAAGACCCACGACGACCUCAAGAAGGACAAGACCUGCCAGUUCAAGGUCGCCCAGCAGCCCUACGCCGGCGCCGGCGGCAGCGUCGAGUACCGCGUCGCCCUCGACAUCCCCACCGCCGCCUACUACGUGCGCGCCUACGCGCUCGACGCCUCCGGCACGCAGGUCGCCUACGGCCAGACCGCGCCCGCCGCCGCCUUCAACGUCGUCAGCAUCACGGGCGUCACCACCUCCAUCAAGGUCGCCGCCGGCGUCUUCUCCACCUUCUCCGUCGUCUCCCUCGCCUUCUUCUUCUUCAUUGAGAAGCGCAAGAAGAAUAACUAAGCUCGGAACCGUACGUGGCAAGGUGUUCGUCCGUGCGCCACUUCUUCUCGUCCUUUGCAAACGUACACACAAUAGUACGUACUGUACAUGUAAGAGAGUAGUGUUGGUGUUCCCUUUUUGGGGACUCCCGUGAUUGUUGAUGUUGUACUCUCUUCAUUGUAUAAUGUAGUGCAUGUUUGAUUUUUGAAAAAUGAAACAUGUCUAUGUUUGAUCAAGUUUAGUAAAAGAUAUCAGUAUUCACAA